AACGCGUAAACACUACUGCGCAUGUGCAGCCGUGUUCUCAGACUUAGCUUACGGUAGUGAUUUUGGUGUAGUAUAGUCAUCAUGAAGGCUCUUAGAGGAAUGGUGAGCGGAGCUGUGAGCGAAAUAUCAUCCGCUGUUACCGGGAGCAAACACGUCGCCGUUCGGGAAAAUGUCCUCGCCGUGACUCGUGACUACAUUUCUCAGCCGAGAUUAACAUAUAAAACUGUUGCUGGUGUUAAUGGACCCCUGGUGAUUUUGGAUCACGUGAAGUUCCCCAGGUUUGCUGAGAUUGUUCAUCUGACUCUUCCUGAUGGCACCAAGAGGAGCGGACAAGUGCUGGAGGUCACAGGCUCCAAAGCUGUGGUUCAGGUUUUUGAGGGAACGUCUGGUAUCGAUGCCCAAAAAACCACAUGUGAAUUCACAGGGGACAUUUUGCGUACACCUGUGUCUGAGGAUAUGUUAGGUCGGGUCUUCAACGGGUCAGGAAAGCCGAUUGAUCGAGGGCCUGCGGUGCUAGCGGAGGACUACUUGGACAUUAUGGGUCAGCCGAUUAAUCCUCAGUGUCGUAUUUAUCCUGAGGAAAUGAUCCAGACAGGCAUCUCUGCCAUUGAUGGCAUGAACAGUAUUGCUAGAGGCCAAAAAAUUCCUAUUUUCUCUGCAGCUGGCCUACCCCACAAUGAGAUUGCUGCACAGAUCUGUCGUCAGGCGGGUUUGGUGAAGAAGUCCAAAGAUGUGAUGGAUUACAGUGAGGAGAACUUUGCCAUUGUGUUUGCUGCCAUGGGGGUCAACAUGGAGACUGCAAGAUUUUUUAAGUCUGACUUUGAAGAGAACGGAUCUAUGGACAACGUAUGCCUCUUUUUAAAUUUGGCGAAUGAUCCCACGAUUGAACGCAUCAUCACCCCUCGCCUUGCACUUACCUCAGCUGAGUUUCUGGCUUACCAGUGUGAGAAACACGUGCUGGUCAUAUUGACAGACAUGAGCUCUUAUGCUGAGGCUUUACGAGAGGUCUCAGCAGCUAGAGAAGAGGUUCCUGGGCGACGUGGUUUCCCAGGUUACAUGUACACUGAUCUGGCAACAAUAUACGAGAGGGCUGGACGUGUGGAGGGACGCAAUGGCUCCAUCACCCAAAUCCCAAUCCUCACUAUGCCCAACGAUGAUAUUACCCAUCCUAUUCCCGAUUUAACUGGCUACAUCACUGAGGGUCAAAUUUAUGUGGACAGGCAGCUGCAUAACAGACAGAUCUAUCCUCCUAUCAAUGUACUACCUUCUUUGUCUCGACUGAUGAAGUCAGCCAUUGGUGAAGGAAUGACACGCAAAGACCACUCAGAUGUUUCUAAUCAGCUGUAUGCUUGUUAUGCCAUCGGGAAAGAUGUGCAGGCAAUGAAGGCUGUGGUUGGGGAAGAAGCACUGACAUCAGAUGACUUGUUGUACUUGGAGUUCUUGCAGAAAUUUGAGAAGAAUUUUAUUUCCCAGGGUGCAUAUGAGAACCGAACUGUGUUUGAAACACUGGACAUUGGCUGGCAGCUGUUGAGAAUCUUCCCCAAGGAGAUGCUGAAAAGGAUUCCUCAGAGCACUGUGGCUGAGUUUUAUCCCAGAGACUCCAAACAUUAGUCUUACUUCCUUCUUUGUUUAUUCACUUUGUCUCUCAAUCAGCCAUGAGUCUGCCCUCUUAACUUCUAUAUGUUACUCUGCUCAAAUCAAGUACACUUGAGUCUACACUGAUGGAAUAAAACAAGUUUUCAUUUUUGCUCUUGGUAUUUAUCAUGUAAGUGUUGCUGAAUAGUAAAGCAAAUAUUGUAUUAAUAUUGUUGCUACACCCCAGUGUGAAAGUGUUUUUGUGUGUGAAUGUAGCUCAGUGUUUAAAUUUUUCUCUAUGCUGGCAAAAUUUUUAGAACAACUGACAAAGCUAUUAGUAUGCAUUACAAAGCAGUCCAUAUCUGUACUUUAGAAGUGCCAAGUUGAAUGUAUAAUGGCUUUAUGCAUUCUAUGAAAUUUUCAUCGUUAUAAUGUAUACACUAUAUAUAAAAGUACAUAUUUAUCACAAAGUAUAAAAAUAAGCCAUAUGUUCAUACAGUGCAUUACAAAGGAAUAGAAAAGCACAGUGGCCCUAUCAAAUCAAAGAAAAAAAGAGCAAUAGAUUUAUUGCUUGUCAUGCACUGUUUUUGUAUAAAAAUGUCUAAUUUAUGUUUGUGUCAGCAGUAUGUUUAUUAUAAUUUAUAUUGGUGCCAUGAAUUUAUGUACUGUGGUAAAGUGUGUGAUUAUCAAGUGAAUUCAUAUGAAAGUAAUUGUUGUCCUAAUGCAUGAACACUAUAUUUAAAAUAUUUAUGUAAAACACUUGCUUCAUGAAAUAAACAUUGAUGUAGUUUAAAUAAU